GUUUUGUUUAUUUUUUUCAAUACUUUGCCUAAGUUAAACUUUUGAAUUGUACUUCUUUUCUUUUCUCUCUUGGCCUACUCUUUAGUUGGAAGACAGGAAGUUCAACUGCGAAUCGCGGCGUUCAAUCGGUCAAUUAUUGUGUUCAUAAAGAAACUUCACUGGCUAUUCCAGAGACCAGCUCUGGAUAAAAGUUGUGUUUCAGUGAUGUGACAGAGUUUGUAGGGCUCCAUCUCCUAUCAACAUGGAUGCUUCCUCAAGUGAUGCAUUCCAACAGUUCCUUGAUUUCAUCACUGUGGCUCUGGAAGGAGAGAAUCCAAAGCUCAUUGAACUGGUGCAGAAACGUUAUGAAGAGUGCGAUGAAGACUUUCGCAACUCCCCCAAGAUGCUGGCCCUGUUGGAGCAAACACGCAGGCUCAUGGAGACUGAGAAAGCACGCAUGUUUGUUCACCUCAAGGACUUUGUCAACGAGCUGAAGGCACGCCCCCGGAGCAAGAAAAUCAAGCGAGCUGCGGAGAGAGCUGGGCCAUCCUCAGUGCAGGCCUCGUCUCUGGUAACAACAGGUCAGCCAUAUUCCUUUCAUCAUCUUCAGAAGUGUCGUGUUGUCUUAGUAAAACUGGAAGCGCAGGAUAUUCAGGGUGGGUUUGAGAGGAAGCCAACGUUAUCUAGAUGGGAGGUGAGGAGAAGGCAAACUGGAAGACGGCGUUCCUGCACCAUAGGCGAUGGGAGAGUGGCAGAGGCCAGCACCAUUUAUACUCUGAGUCCUUCAAGUGGACAAUGUAAGGAGGAAGUGUCAGAUAACAUAAACAGCAGAGCGGAAAGCAACUUACCAACUCUUUGUGCUACUCGCACUAUCCCACUGCCCUGUGUUGCUGGUUCGUCGUCAUCGCUGUUGACAGAGAAAGGAGGUGGAGAUAGUGAGCCAAGACGGUCUGGCUCUCCACAAUUUUCAUUUGGCUUUGGUAAGACUAAUGUUGUUCGUGGAUUGCAGACAGCCAGCUUUGGCUGGAGCAAAAAUUAUGAGCGUAAGCACAGGUCUGUUUCUCGAUUUGUUUCUGUGGUGGAUGUUGACACUAGUCAAGACCAAUCUCCUGUCGACAUUGUUAUGGAUACAACCUCCAAUAGCAAUUUCCCCUCCUUCCAUGGAAGACUGAACAAAGGCGAGUCCCCUUUCCAAACCAAGGGCAAAAGUAAAGCAGCAUCAGAUCAUGCCAAAGUUUUAUUAGACACACAACCCGUUACCGGAGUCCCUGGCACUCUGCCUCAUGCAGAGCAUAACUCACCACUUGCACCUUCACCAUGUCAAUCUGACGACACUACUUCAUUGCUCAUGGAUUGUGAGACCUUUUCUGGCGAUGAAACUCUGUCAUAUGUCUCUGAGUCACUCACUCUCGAUUCGCCCCCAGCAUCAUCUCAACAGCAGUCUGAUGUUUUGUCAGUGAUGCCGAACAAGCGUUUGAUGCUAUCAGAAGACGACACAACUAAGUCUUGUCUGUCUGAAACUCAUGCUUUCCACUCCCUUUUAGCCCAGGCACACCCUGACAACACAUCACUGUUGCCCCACCAUUGUGGGAUGUCUUCUGAAGAUGACGACACACCGUCUCAUCUUUCACAGCUGCAUGCAGUAAUUUCACCUAAUGCAUUAUUUCACCCACAUAGUGAGCACACAUCACCAGUGCCUGAAAAUCUUGCUCUGAUUGCUGAAGAAGACAAAUUGUCUCUUCUCUCGCAUGAUGGGAGUCACACGUUAUCAUUACCUGACCCCCAGCUGUGUGACGAUAAUGACCCAUCAGGACCCAUCUCACGGCACAUACGAUUGAAAGUGCCUGUCGUUUUAAUCACCAAACUUGACCCAAGUACAAGCAGUUAUAGUUAUAGUAAAGAACCUCGGUUUUCCACAGGUGGUGAUGGCUCGUCUAAGUUUAACUCUGAGAAGACAGGUGAAUCAGAUGCGGAGGCCAGCACUUCGAAACAGUCUGUCUCCAAGACUGAGAAACAGAGUGUGGUAGUUUUGUCAACUGGUGAUUAUGAUGAACAGAAGGGUCCAGCAUGCUCCCGAAAGACCUCUGAAACCCCAGAACUCGUGCCCCCAAAAUCGGACAUGCCAUCAAAGGAUGCAGGCCCUUCCUCCGCCGAUGAGUUUGAAACACCAACCUCUUUGGGAAAAUUGAAAGAGGAGCCAAUGUCCUGGUGUCCCGCUCCAGGAAGGUCUGCUGAAUCUCCCACACCUGCAUCGCUCAGCCUAGACAGUGGCAGAGACAAGAAGAAGCAGAAGCAUGUGAAAAAGUUGGAGGAUCUUCUCGAGUCUUUGCGGAAUGAGAUUGAGAAAGCGCAGGAGAGGGAGCUGAGCCUGGAGGACAUGGAGGCGGAAGACUCCUCCUACAUCUAUGAGGACAAACUGAAGAAAAAGUUUGUGGCUGCCUGGACCAAACUGUGUGAGAUCACAGGCCGUACUGUGACUACAGGCCGCCCUACAGAGAAGAGCAUCCGCUACAAAGGUACUAGGUACAAAGAGAUCAACCGACGUCUUGAAAAGUUCCUCAACAAACGGAAGGUGUUCCCCGACUUCCACGAUGUGAAGGCUGUCAUCGCGUCAUGCAACAAAAAGUACAAGCUACAUAUGAGUGGGCCCCACAUCAACGAUGUGGCCAGGGAAGCAUUUGUGGACAUCGGGGAGGAGUUACAGAAGAGACGACAUGAGGACUUCAUCGCCACUUUAGGCAACAGGCGAACUGAUGCCCUGAGGUUCAGUAGUGGACCGGAUCCCUACCUUUGUGAUGCACGUCUAAGGCAAAAGCUGGAUGCAAACCGGAGAGUGGGCAAAUCUAAUUUAGACCAUGUGAUUGCAAAGUACACUAAGCUUCAGAAUCAAAUUGGCACAAGUGACCUUGAGGACGACGACGAUGAUGACGAGGAAGAGGAGGCGAGUGGCGAGAGCCAGUGUAGAGGCGACAUGGAGAGUGGCAGAGGAGAUGCCAGUGAUGAGGAGGGUGUGACGAUUGAAGUUGACGUUGCUCAAGGCUCUGAUGAUGACAAUGAGGAUAUCAUCAAGGCAAGUGGACGCAGGACCUUGUCUGAUCUGUACCCGAGUUCUCCUCACAAGACCAAAGGUGCUGGUCAAAACGAUGUGGGGGUGGACAUGGAAGAUGGCGAAGAAGCUAUAUCUACCUCGCCGGACAAAGUGUGUCACAGGAACAUCUACAGUAGCCAUCCGGUGGGCAAGCGGUCUGUUCCAAGUUUCCUUCAUCGCAGCCUAGCUGUGAACCCGUAUCUGCACCCAGCAGGGGGCCAUCUGGACAGUGGGAAGGAGGAGGGUCCGAGUAAGAGGAGAGUACAGCUGAAGAGUGUGGUUUCAUCCGAUUCUAAGCAACCGAAUGACGAGAACACGCCAAGUGUUAGUGAUGCAACAGCGGACAAAAAUGUUUUACAUCACUCCCGAACCACUGAGGAGAAUGAAAACGAUUCUGAUGAUAAUUCGGAUGAGUCAAGUGCCUCUAGUGAAAAGGGAGAUGAUGAUGAGGAGGAGGAGGAGGACUGUGAUGUGUUGGUGGUACCUUCUGAUUCUGAGAGUGAAGCUUCAACCUGUCCUAGCCCAGUCAGUGUCAUUGCUCUGAGCAGUUCGGAGGACGAGGCUGAUGAUGAUGCUCCCAGUGUGUCGAGAACAUCCGGCCAGCCCAAGAAGACACUGUUCUCUCAAGGUAAUUUGCUUAUCAAGAAGGAGCUUCCAGAUUCUGCUGCAGGGGACAAGGUGGAUGACUCUAGAACGGGCAAGCACGUUGCUUCGAACGUUUCUCCCCAGGAUAGCAAAGAGAAACAUCUCAGAGCUAAGUCGUCCCGAUAUUAUAUUGAUGUUGUUUUGGACACAGAUAAUGUGGAACGCUCCAUCCCCUCUUCCACUCAUGAAAACAAUGACAAGGCCGUGAAAUCUGACCGAAAAUUUCAGGGCAAAGAGGGAGAUAACAAUCAUAGUGCUUGUGGGAAAUUCAGAGAAGUUGGUAAAUGUACAAGUGAUAUUGGUCCUUCGUAUUCCCCGACGACAUGUGAUGAGGACAGCAGCAUUCAGAAUCAGGAAAGAGAUGCAGGCGGGGUUGGCAGUGAUGAAAACAUAGGUGGGGGUGAAGGUCAGUUUGUGGGGGCAGUGAAGAGUGUUGACAGAUCGAUCCAUGAAAACUUUGAUGAGUGCAGGGAGCGAGGGGCAGGAGAGGUGUGUGUGGACAAUUCGCAUGAGGUUGGAUGCUCGGAGGCCAGUGACAACGGUCCUGUGCUAGUCCUUGGUUCUGUGGUUGGGGGACAGGAGAUGGAGGAAGACUCUCCUGAUUCUGUUAGAAAAAGACGGGAAGGAGACAAAGAGAAGGCUGGAGAUAAUCACGGUAAUAAAGUUAUGAUUCUAGAAGAUGAGGCGGUUGUUGAGAGAGAGUCUGGGAGUGAGGCACUGAUGACUUCUGAGCAUAAUUUGACUGAAGGAGAUGUGGACAAGGCAAAAAGUUCUUUUGAAGUGGAAGAGACUGGGAAGGUUUCUUCACUGAGGCCUUUGGAAGAACAUUCUGACUCUGAGGGGAAAGAGGGUGAGGAAAAUGUUGUCAGCAAGAAGUCCAAAGGUAAAGAGAUGGAGGAAGAUGACAUACCCAUGGAAGCAGAUGGUCAGUGCCAUGAUGAAGAUCAAUUAGUGGCUGCCGUUGUCAGUCAGACUGAUGAUUUCAGCUCACCUUCCCCGGUGCCGUUUGACUUUUUUGAUGGCAACAGCUGUGAGGUGCCUGAGAAGUCUCAGUGUGAGGAUAGGGUUGGGGAUGUGUCGGCAAGUGUGUUGUGUUGUGAGGCGGUACCAGCGAGUCCGACAGGAAGUUGUUCACGGUCUGAUAAAGCCAAUGAGAAUCGUGAAAAAGAAAUUGGUGGCAGGGACGUGGCUGAGGCAAGUGUCAAGGAAUGUAGAGCUGAGAAAGUGCAAGAAGGUUGUACAGAAAAUAAUCAUGAACCAGAAGAGGUAACAGACAUAGGCAAAGAUACAGCGUGUGAGACUCCUGGUCAUAAUGAUAAUCAUGACCAGCCUAGCAGAGGAGGUGACAAAAUGCGGGAAGGUUCUGUUGAAAGUAAAGUCCAAUACCAUGCACUGGAAAGUGAUGAAAGUGCAGUCUGCCAGAGGGUAGAUAAUGGUGAUGACACAAGCUCACAGGACACAGUUGCAGGAAGUGUUUUGGUGACUACCUCGAAGACCACGCAGUUCCAGUCUCUGGCGGCGACUUCCCAAGAUGUUCUGGCGAAGACUGCUGAAGCCGAGGACUCUUGUCCUUUGCAGAAUGGUGAAAGUGUUGACAGCAUCUCCACAAAAAUUGUUGAUAGUGUGGAUGAUAAACUUUUAAAGCCGGUGAAGUGUGAGAUAAAUGUCAGCUCUGGUGGACAGUCUCGACUUUGUCUUGACGAUGAAGAUGAUGAUGAUGAUGAUGAUGAUGUGAUGAUAAUUUCUCAAGAAACUGAGAGCCGUCAGACGACAGAAGAGAAAAGUUCAGGAACCAAAUGCGUCUUUGGUUCUACUGUGCCGAACAAAGGGCGUGGGAUGGAAACAGAUUACAAAAAGGAAAAAAGCGCAGAUGUUGGCGACAGGAGUGAUAAAGGGAACAAAAAGUCUUCCUCUGACAGUGACGGCAACGACUCUGACGAUGUGACAAUUGUUGAAGUGGCAAGUUCAUACAAAGGGUGCAGUGUUGCUCAUAGUGCCUCUCAGUCUGUUUCAGGGAGUCGUAAUGCCAUCGGUACUGCCUCUUCCAAAGAAACUGUUCAUGUGAUAAAGUCAAGUCCAAAAACGAAAGAGUAUGAGGGAAAAAGUGUCUCCAUGGUUACCGAGCAGCUGCCCAUUAGUUCCUCUUCUGUGUCUUGUGAUAAUGUCACUGAGAGAGGAGGAGCUGCAGACAGAAAGACACAGUCUGUGGAGGAGGUUGAGAUUAUUGAACAAAUCUCUCCAACUGACAAAGAUAAGCUUCAGCAUUUGUCUCCUGAAAGCAGAUCCUCCAGCAAAGAGUUGGGGUGUAAAUCUCCAGAGGUGUACGAAGUGCCUGAUGAUAAUACUUCAGAUGAGAAGGUUAAUGAUAAAGCCACAAUGAAGUUAUCUUCUGAAUUAAGGAAAGAGAAUGUUGACAAAUGUGAAGAGGCAUACGGGGUGCUUCAUCAUACGGAAAAGGAUGGUAUUCAGGAAGAAAACAGGUGUUCAGAAAUGAGUAAGGAGGAUGACGGUCUGUCUGUGCUGGUCAGUGCCUGCAAAGUGAAACAGAACAAGUUGGAAGAUUGUCUUCAGAAGGAGGAGAUUGGAAGUAGUGGGAAGUUUGACAAGGGCAAAGAGAAGGUAGCUGGUCAUUCUAAGCCAACAGAGUCCAACAAGAAUAGGUCUUUCCUGGAGUCUCCAGAUGGUAAGAGCACUAAGUUCAAGUCUCCAGAUGUGUGUGAGUUGUUGGAUGAUGAUGAUGAUGAUGCUGAUGCUGAAGAAGACGGGAAAAAGGUGAACGAUUCUGUCAAGGCACAAGUGUCGUUUGAUUCAGGGAAGGAAGAUGUUGAACUGUCUGUUCUUGCCAAGUCCCCUGAUGUCAGUGAAGUGAUUGAUGAUAAUACUGAAGAAGUUGAAAGGGUCGAUGAUGAUGAUAUCACUUUUGUAAAAACGUGCUUGGGUUCAGCCAACAAGAGCCCGCUGUCAGUUAAUACAGAUGUGAGUGAAGUGAAGAAGAAUGUAGGGAAGGAAGUGGGGAGUGGAAAGAUGGAGUCAAAGGGAGAAUUGGAGAUGAAACUCACACAUUCCAAGUCUGAUGGUACUCAUGAAGGUGUGGUCGAAAGGAUUGAAACAGAUGAUGGAGGACGUGAUGGGGAGGCUGCUGGAUCUCAAGUUGCUAUGUUGUUAAAAUUAUCUGCCGUCAGUAAAGUUGGGGAGAAUGAUGCUAUAGAUGCCGUGGCUGAAAAAGGGAAAGACACAGUGAAAAAGUCUCAAGGGGAACAGAAUACUGGGGAAGAACGGACAUUUGUUUUGGAUGUUGUCAUAUCGGGCCACUCAGAAUCUGGUGAGAAAAAGGAGGAGUCGUCUGUUUGUCAAGAAAAUGAUAUUGUGGCUGGAGAUGCAGGCGUUUGUGAUGAUGUUGUUGAUGAACCAGAGAAUAAAAAUCCUAAAAUAGAGAAGACAGCACCGAGCUCACCUUGUCCUGUUGAAUUUCUGUUCCAGGAAAGUUCUGCCAGUGACGUAAUUGUCUGUGAAGAGGGCAGUGUUGAGACGAAUCCGGACAAUGAGAAAAACAAACGAGAGGGAAGUGGCAAGGAGCGGAUAGAUAUCAGGGAUACAGUAAAUGAGGCACCUUCUGAUGAUAAAUUAGGGAUGAAUGUAAAGAAGGAUAAAGAAAAGGAACUAAAUGAUGAUGGUUUGAGUGAUGGAGAGGCAGCUGAUAGUGGUUCGUUGACAAGAAAACGGAAAAAUGAUGAAAAAGAAUGGGUUUGUGAUGACAGUGAUGAUGGGGAUGACUGUAAGGUAGAGAAAGUGACAUCCGAAGGGAAGCCGUUCAAUAAAGGGACAAACGUGGAAGAGGAAUUGGAUAAUGAUGAUGACAAGACCGAUGAGGGGACGUCUGAAAAUAAGCAGUGGAGCAAACAGAGGAAAAAUUAUGAUUCUAGAAAGGAGCAAAAUGAUGAUGACGAUGAUGAUGUUAUUGCUAUUGGUGAGGAGCCAGGUCCCCCCAACAAAGCUCGUAAAGUUGACUCGACGCAAGUGAACAGUAUUGUGACCGAUGCUUUCAUCGACAAUGUGGCCCGUGAGGUGUUGAGCAAGACGUCUGGCACAUCAGCUAGCAAACCCCCCGCAUUUUUACCAGGGACGAGUCACCUCCAUCGGGGUUCUUAUCAUUCCAGACCAUCAUUGAUAUCCAGUGGCCCGCAGGUGAGACCCAAGGUCGAGACCUCUCAUGUACCUCAGUCACAUGUACCGCAGUCUCCUUACACUAAUAAUUGGCAGCAGAAACGUCAAAAUCGUCACCAUAUGCCGAACAUGUCACAUCUGCCUACGCCACAGCCACGUCGGGUCUCUGGCCUUUCGCCUCACUUUGGCAACAAACGUCAGUCGUUGGUGAACCCACGAGACUCGUUUAUUUCUAAACCAAGCAUUCACCGUGGACAGUUUGAGGGGGAAUCCAGAAGCCACAACGUUCGAGAUCGUAAAAGUUUUCAGAAUUCCCCCACAGGUGGUCUGAAAAUUGCCUCAGUGGUUAGUCUAAGCCAGCCUGGUUGCUCGAGUAGAGCAGACGUGAGGCCGAGCAGGGACUAUACUCACAACAUCAGGAAGGGACCUGUGCCUGGGUCUCACCACAGCAGGGGCUCCUUUAACAACAAGGUUCCCCAGAUGUCAGUCCCUGGGUCAAGCCACAGGCAUAUGGAUCGGCGGUUUGAUGUGCCCGGCAGCCGUCCGUCUCAUACUCAUAUGCCACAGUCUUCCUCUCUCCCCUCUCCUCGAUCGAAAACGCAUGUUGUCAAGACGCCUGACUUCAGUCACAAAAGAAAAAGUUUUGAUGGCGCUGAGAUAGUUCUUGACGAUUCUGACGAAGAGGACUCCAGAAAAAGAAAUAAAAAACAGAAAGUAAGCUCUGGACCCGUUGUGCAGAGUGUAAAAUCCUUGGCCCCCCCAAAUCCACAUCGCAGUGACAACUCAAGAGAUGGUAAUGUUCCUAAAAAGGGGAACAAAUUUCCUUCAUCGUUUGCGGGUGCUGCUGCAGGGAAGAAGACGAGUGACGUGAUUGAAUUGUCCGAUUCGGAAUAGACUUGAUUUUGUGCCUCAACAGUGAGAGUUGGUUGUUUCUUUUCCCAGUUGUAAAUGUUGCUGCCUUUUACCGGUGCUUUAGGGGCUUCGGAGAAAGCUGCUUGCUUUUCACAACCCGUUCUCCACUGGAUUCCCAUGCCAGCAGAAAGUGCUUUCAGUAGCAGGAAUAGACCAACCAAAACAGUAUUUAGGGAAUUUUUCCUCCUUCGGCCAGAAUUAUUCAGCCCAACAGUCAUGCCGUAUUUGUACAUAAUGUAUUUGGACGAAAUCCUUGAAUAAUAUCAACGGAAGCAGAUGUGUAAAAAUGUUUUUUGGCAGACGUGUUAUGAGUCGAGGUUUCAGGGCAAGUAAGAAUGUGCAAUGUAUUUUUACCAUAUUUGUAUUUUUUCCCCCCCAUUUUUCUUUAGAAUUGCAUGUAUGGAUUUUCUGCGUACUACAUGAGUUGUCUGUCUGAUGUCCACUAUGGAGUUUCUGUUUGUUUGGUCAACAGUGUUGAUUGCUUGUGUUUUAAGAGAUGGGUUGUGAGUGGGCACUCUUUGUCGUGUAGUCAAACCUUUUUCCUUUUCCUCAGUGUACCUAUCGAUUUUUUUUUAUGGGACCAUUAUCAUGCUGACUCUUCGCUGUAGCAAACUCAGGUCACCCUGGUGUGUACCAUACAUUGAAUCUAUUCAAUCAAAUAAUGACGUACAUAAUAAUAAUACCUAAAUUAUAUUGUAUUGAUCCCCGUGGGGAGGUGUGGGUUACAAUGGCAAAUAUAUAGAUAAAUACAUAAAUAAUACAUAAUUAUAAAUACAUACAUAAAGACAUGCACAAUAUUACACUAAUGCAGAACAAUUUCAUUAGCAUGCCAUUGCUGGUCGCCACUGUGCAGCGCCCUGUUUUUUUUAGCUGUGGUUAUCGUGUCUUGCUCAAGGGCACACACCCCAUUGACCACCCGUCGAAACCCUGUGUCGCUGACACUUGCUUGACCUCACUUUUAGGUCUGAACUCAUUACUCACUAAGCCACUGAUGCCUGGAUUGUGCCGCUGCUGGUUCGGCUGCUACACAAAAGUUAACAGAUGGUCAUGACGUGUUUUUUGGGGGGCUGUUGAUUGCAUUUUCUGGAUGAAUACUGAAUUGUACACAUAUACAUGUCAUUGUAAACAUUUGGUUGAAGUCUCCAUUAACACUUUCCUUGCGCACGCUGAGCUAGCAACUACGCAUUUCCUUAGCAGUUUGGCAUGUUUUAAAAAAAAGUGGAUUGUGAAGUCAACUUUUAUGCUACGGGUAUAAUUAAGGUAUCACUGGAAAGGAGAAUGUAAGCAAAUGCAGAUUAGUUGAAAGAAAGACUGUGUUUAAAUUAGUUAGUACUUAGACAGCCUAAAGAUAGAACAAACAUUGACAAAAACAGGACUCAUAAUUCAGAUAGCAUGUGCAACAUAUAAUGGUAAAAUGAAGAAUAAAACGCACUUACUUACAUUGAUAUUAUUCUUUGUAAUCAUCCAAGGUGUAGGAAAGUUAUAAUCCAUGAAAAAUAUAGUCCAGCAAGAGUGAAGUUUUCACAACAACAAAUGAAGUUCGAAAAAGAAUUCACAACAAAAAA